AUGGCAGGUAGUGGUGACCAGUUUCUCAACUCCGAGCCCACCUCAUUACCUUUCGAACUAGAUCAUGGUCCGAGCGAGACGACCGCCUCCUAUUUCGAUGUCAUCAAAUCUCAAGAGAACAGCUUCAGCUACGACUUGAAUAUCGACCAUCUUCUUCAGAAUAGCACAAAUACAUCGACAGCAACAAGAAUCACAACACAAGGGCUUGAUAACAACGAGAUUAUAUCCCCAUCAUACCAGUAUUCUUCGGCAUCUCCCUCCUCUCGUUCCCCGUCUCACGGUUCCACCUCAACCCCCCGACAAAGCCCAUUCGAACAUUUCUCGCCGUCAUCUUCAUUGACACCAGGCGCGACGAACAACAAGAAUCGCAGUAUUGUGCCUCCCGGCACUAGAGGCCAUCCCUCUCCAUCAUCAACUACGCCAAUAAUACCGACUCCCCAGAAGCCCGGCUCCACAUACGAGUACCUCGGCGUUCUCCAUAUCGCAGCGCAAAAAGGCCAUGACCGCAUAAUUCAGAUGCUGCUAAGCCAUCAUGGCAUGGACUGCAACGCCCCGGACAGCGAGGGCCGCACGCCUUUGAUGCACGCCGUGGUUGCCGGCCACGCGCCGGUGGUGCGUGCCCUCCUGACCGCCGGUGCCCGCUGCGACGUCGUCGAUAACAGGCAACGCUCCGUGUUGCACCUAGCCGUGCUCCACCGGAGGGAGCAGGUGUUGCGGAUGUUGCUGGCGGAGAUCGGACAGGGGGCUGUGGACGGCGUACAUCCGAUUGGGCUAGGGGAAGCUCGGUUGGCCUGUCUCUUGGAUGAGUACGACGCAGACGGGAACACGCCGUUGCAUCUGGCCGUGACGGAGGGGUUCGAGGCAGGGGUUGUCAUGUUGGUUCGGAGCGGAUCCGAUCUAGAGGUUGAGGCCAGAAGAUGUUAG